CUUGUUACCGAGGCUCGCCCAUCCUCCAUCGGCGUCUUGCGAUUUCUCUUCUUUCCGCACCCCUAAAUUUCAGUUUCCCUAGAAUCGCAAAAACUCCCCACCAACAAAAAGUUUUCCCCAAUUCGAUCGAAUUCGAACCCCCUGAUCCUUGCCCUAAUUUUUUUCGCAUUUGGAUUUGGGGGUGAAAAUAAAAAAUGAACGAGUCCAGGGAUCAGGUGGAUUCGUUGGACCAGAACUUCUGGUGCGAUUUAUUCGAUUACAGCAGCCUCUUGGACGACGCCCUGCCCCCCGCCGAUGUUUACUGGAAACUUCACCCAAACGCAGAACGUGCCGGUGUGUCGCUUGAUGCAUUACUCGGUGGAACUCCAUCACAAGCAACUGCAAGCAACGUUAAAGAAGAUCAAGAAUUUCCGAGGAAGAGUGCGGGUGUGUCUUUGGAUGUAUCACAUAGCGGAACUACAUCGCAAGCAAGUGAAUGUGCAGAGGAACAAGAAUGUCGGAAAAAGAGGGGACGAACUGAUAGCCGUUGUGGAACAGGAACUAAAGCAUGCCGUGAGAAAAUGAGGAGGGAAAAAUUGAAUGAUAGGUUUAGCGAAUUGUCUGCUACACUCGAGCCAGGAAGACCUGUAAAAAUCGAUAAACUAGCCAUACUUGGCGAUGCCAUCAGGAUUCUAAACGAGCUAAGAUCUGAAUCCCAAGAGUACAAAGACAUGAAUGAAAAGCUUUUGGAAGAGAUCAAAACUUUAAAGGCUGAGAAGAAUGAACUCCGCGAAGAGAAAAUGGCGCUUAAGACGGAAAAAGAAAAGAUAGAGCAGCAAAUAAAAGGCAUGCCGGCUUUAUCACUUCCACCGGCUAAUUUCAUGGCGGCGCAUCCACCAAUGUACUCGACUGGAGCCAAUAAGAUGCCGAUGUUUCCGAGCUACGGCCUCGUGCCUAUGUGGCAGUACUUGUCCCCGUCUGCUCGCGACACAUCUCAGGAUCACGAGCUAAGGCCUCCUGCUGCUUGAGCUUCGCGGCAUUUUCUGGUAAAAACUGAUUGUUGAGGUGAAUAUGCUCUUGCAACUUUUAAUCGAUGAUUUCACUGAAAAUUUUAGUCGAUGGAUGAAUAAGCUGGAACAUGGCUGAGCUUUUUAGAUUUGUGUUUUUAUGGAAAUUUUUGCAGUAUGAUUGAUUGUUAGGAUCACAUUUUACUACUGCUGGUGAAUUUCUGCUGUUCUAACAUUGGAGCUGUUAAUUUAUUUAUAUAAUUGUUUCUGCA